UUGCUAUUUAAAUGGUACAACUUUUUUCAUUCUAUGUUUAAAGAAGAACAUUAUAUACUUAAAUCCUAUUAUAGUUCCAUUUGGGGUCUCUUUCUCAAGUAACAACGCAUUGAAGAAAAAUGCCCAACACUAUAAUGACUAGAGGAGCUUCAAAAUUCAUCUUCUUGUUCUUCUUGUUUAUUCUUCUUGCCAGCAUUUCUGGAUUAUCCCCAGCUAAAAGGAUUGAGCACAGAGAGCUUGAAAGGCAAAAGGAACAAAAAAUUCAUUUUUUCGGGAAAGGACUGCUCGAGUUGUUACCCAUUAGAGCUAUUAAACAUGAUUUGAUGGAUCCACCAGCAACAACUGGAUUUCCUACAACCCCUAUAGUAAAUCCUGUCACAACUCCGUCUAAUAUGCCUCCAGAUAACUCAGCUCCAACAGUUGUUACUGUCCCGUCCACAAAUCCUAAUCUUGGAAUUCCAAAUUUUGGGUCUAUACCUCCAGCAGCUCCUUCUGUGACCCCUGUGACUGACCCAAACCCCAAUCCUCCGGUACCACUAACUAAUCCAGUUACCACCCCCAGCACAAGUACACCCGUAAGUAAUCCUGUAACAACUAACCCAAAUCCUGUAGGGGGUGUUCCUGCCACCACCCCAGUAACGCCUCCUGCAACCACAAACGCUCCUGCUACUGGAGGGCAGAGCUGGUGUAUUGCAAAGAAUGGAGCUGGAGACACUUCACUUCAGUCGGCGCUUGAUUAUGCUUGUGGGAUGGGAGCAGAUUGCUCAGCCAUCCAGCAGGGUGGAAGUUGUUAUAAUCCCAAUAGCCUGGAAGGUCAUGCAUCAUAUGCCUUCAAUAGCUACUUUCAAAAAAAUCCUGCACAAACGAGCUGUGAUUUUGGGGGUGCUGCCAUGAUAACCAACUCAAACCCAAGCACUGGUUCUUGUGUUUUCCCUGCAUCGGGGUCUUCUUUGUCAUCGCCUACAACAACUACCACGCCAAUGUCUGGAACUCCAGCGCCAACAACAUCCUCAUCAACUGGUGCAGCAAUACCAGGCUUAGCACCUCCAACAGUGACAAAUGGUAACGACUCAGGUUUUGGAAUGAUGCCCUCGGGCAUAGGUGAUAGUAUUCCUCCAACUACUACUACUUCACUGUCCAUGUCAAAUGAAUUGCAACCCCUAGUUGGCUGCAUCGUUCUAGUCGCCUCCAUCGCAACUAGUAAGCUGGUGUUGGAGUUUUGAGGAAAAGAGAAGCUCAAUUAUCAAGUGAGAAACUGGAUUUUCGAAUUCAAAACAAUGUACAGUUCUCGUGGAGGAAAAAAUGGAAGCAGUUAGGAGUAUUCUCAGAGGUUUAGACAUUACACACCUAUACACUGCUUUAGUAUAGUUGAUAUAUCCUGCAUAUCCACUACCUAGAUGUAAAAUUCAUAUAUUAAUUUUAGAGGCCAUUAUCUAUAUUUAUCACUUUGAAAUAGUAAUUCUUAAUUAUUCAGUAUGUUCAAUAGGCCUGAUGUUACUCUGCUAUAUUACAUGUUUCCCUGCUUAUGAAGGAUAUAUUAGAUCUCAUAUCAUCAGUUGUAGCUGAUUAUUACUUACUAUAAAUAGACUUAGGUCUAUGUUUCCAA